AUGUCUGACGUGCCUGAUCUAAGUUCUGAUGAAGAGCAUUACGAGGAAGAUGAAUGGCAAGAAAUGGAAACCGCUAACACAGCCGUAUCUUGUCUAUUUUGUACGACCUCACUUCCAUCGAUCGAAGAAGCGGUGUCCCAUUGUGAAGCUGUACAUGGUUUUAAGUUAGGUGAAUUAAAAGUAAAAUUUAAUAUGGACUGUUAUUCAUACAUAAAGCUUAUCAACUACAUUACCACACACAAAGCUGAACCUCAGGUUAUUAUGGCCUCGGACAAAGCUUUGUGGGAUAACGAAAGGUAUUUAAAACCAGUAGAGAAUCAUGAAUGGCUUAUGUUCGAUUUCGAUUCCUUAGCAGAAAAGCCUAGUUCUCCUAAAUCAUACCAUGCUAAUGUUGAAAAUGGUUUAGUAACAUUAUCUCAAGCACAUUUUAUAGAACUUCAAAGGACAAUUCAAACACUGACACAGCAAUUAAAAGAGAGUAAAACUCACUUGCAAUUGGCUAAAGAAGACAUGUCUAAAAUGAAAGAAUCUAUGAAAUCUCUUGUAAAUAGUGGACCCCUUGGCAAAAGUGAUGAAAGUAGUUUGAUAAUUGAUUGCGUGUCAAAAGUGCCUUUAGAAAGUGAUGAGGGAUACUUCAGUAGCUAUGCUCAUUUUGGGAUUCACUAUGAUAUGCUAUCUGACAAAGUUAGAACAGAAAGCUAUAGAGAUGCAAUUCUGAAAAAUAAAGAUACUUUUAUGGGAAAAAUUGUGUUAGAUCUUGGUUGUGGUACAGGAAUUCUAUCAAUGUUUGCAGCAACGGCUGGAGCUAAGAAAGUGUAUGCCCUUGAUCAGUCUGAUGUCAUUUAUCAUGCCAUGGAUAUUAUUCGAGAAAAUAAGCUUGAAAAUGUUAUACAAACAGUAAAAGGAAGAUUGGAGGACACAAAAUUGGAUGAAAAAGUUGAUAUUAUUGUGUCAGAGUGGAUGGGAUAUUUCUUAUUAUUUGAAGGAAUGUUGGAUAGUGUUAUUUAUGCAAGAGAUAGAUGCUUAAAUACAGGAGGGUUGUUAUUACCUAAUAAAUGUAAUAUAAGCCUGGUGGCUAAUGGUGAUGUAGAUACACAUAAAAAAUUAAUAGAAUUUUGGUCAAAUGUAUAUGGUUACAAAAUGAAUUGUAUGAAAUCUGAAGUUGUCCGAGAAGCAACAAUAGAUCUGGUUUCAUUUGAGAAUGUUUUGUCUGAACCUUGUGUUGUUAAAGAAAUAGAUAUAAAUACUUGUACAAUUAAUGUAAUGAACUUUGAAUCAGAUUUUAAGUUGGUUGUUAAUAAGGGUGGUCAUCUUACGUCUUUGGUUGGUUAUUUUGAUACAUUCUUUGAAUUACCUGAGAAUGUGUCUUUCACAACUGGUCCUCACAAAACACCAACACAUUGGAAACAAACUGUAUUCUUUUUUAAAGAUUGUAAACAAGUCAGCAAGGGUGAUGUUCUUCAAGGUAAAAUUAUUUGUACUAGACAAAAAACUGAUGUGAGGUCACUUGGUGUUGAAAUUCAACUUUUCGGGAAAGUUCAUAGAUAUAUUCUUAACUGA